AUGUCAGUUGCCAGUUCAGCUGUAGAACGCGAUGCAGAAGGGUAUCUUGCGGACGAGGAAAUCGCGGAUGUUGCGGCCCACUGGGAAGCGGAAGAUGCACAGGUCGAGCAGGAUGAUGGCGACGAUGAUGGCAACGAUGACGGCGGCGAUGGCGGAUGGAAUUUGGAUUACGAAAAUUGCGCUGAUAAAUUGCUGAGAUUAGCUGUAAAAGGCGAUGCAGAAGGGUAUCUUGCGUACGAGGAAAUCGCGGAUGUUGCGGCCCACCGGGAAGCGGAAGAUGCACAGGUCGAGCAGGAUGAUGGCGACGAUGAUGGCGACGAUGAUGGCAACGAUGACGGCGGCGAUGGCGGAUGGAAUUUGGAUUACGAAAAUUGCGCUGAUAAAUUGCUGAGAUUAGCUGUAAAAGGCGAUGCAGAAGGGUAUCUUGCGGACGAGGAAAUCGCGGAUGUUGCGGCCCACCGGGAAGCGGAAGAUGCACAGGUCGAGCAGGAUGAUGGCGACGAUGAUGGCGACGAUGAUGGCAACGAUGACGGCGGCGAUGGCGGAGGGGGAAAUGGCGGGACCUGUGGAAGUAGUAGCAGAUUUAGAUCUGCUUUCUUGCUUGAGAGGGUCGGCACGAGACGGAUCUUCUUGACUGGCGGCUUGAGCCUGAGGACCGGGGGAAGAAAGGGGAAGUGGUCGAAUGACGGGCUCAGGGGCUUUGCAGGCGGAAUCACCAUCUCUACAUUUCUGUCUACAACAUGUACAUAA